AUGUCUGCGACCGUCGCUCGCGCCACCGCCACCGCCGCGACCCUUCGCGGGUCCAGGACUACGCAUGCUUCUUCCGGGUCCCGCGCCGCCCGCGUCGUCGUCCGGGCCGGGAAGUCCCAGAAGGAGGAGCUGGCCGAGAUGAGAGCGGCGGUGCAGCUCGCCAACAUGAACCCCUCGCAGGAGAACGUAAUCUCCGCCAUCCUCGACCUCGCCAAGCAGGAGUUCGGGUUGGCGGGGGUCAAGUUCAACGAGGUGAUGGACAAGGUCGGCGAGUGCUACGCCUUCACCCCGUGCCAGUACGUCAGCGGCAAGGGCACCGCGCUGGAGACCGUCAACCCCGCCGGCACCAACUCGGGCUCGCUGAAGACUUAUUACUUCGCGCACCUGCACGGCCUGGACGAGGCCUCGACGCUGCGCCUGUUCUGCGAGCACUACAAGGACGUGAUCGACACGCCCGACGGGGACAGCCACGCGAACAUCAGGGCGUUCAUGCUGAACGGAUGGGAGGGCAUCGACUUCGAGGGCGGCGAGUGCCUCAAGCUCAGGGACGGCACCGAGACGGACGAGGCGAAUCAGAUCUAG